CUCGCGCAGCCGCCGCCAAAGCCAGGAGAAGUGGAAUCUUGCCGCCGCUGCUCCCUGCGCGGGCCUCGCGGAGACGCACUGGGCAUGCUCAGUCGCCGGAGCCAGUGCUGCUCUAAGUAGGAAGCUCGCGUGCUGCAGCCCGCAGCUGAUUCCCGGCGUUCAGCGAGAGACCCAGGAGCCGAUCGAAACGCCGCGCAGCGCCGGUUGGAGUGUCUGUGAGGGAGCCGCCGCGCUCUCCAGUCAAGCAUGCUGAGGUCGGAUCUGCCCAGCCCUGGAAUAGAAACCUUUGCUGGAUGGAAAAUCCAUAAAAGAAAGCUCUUGUGAAAAGCUGACUCCUACGCGGACUCCAGUGCACCCAGCUAGCUAUCCCACUGUUUCCUGAGUCCCCUGCUAACACACUGACUGUCGCUAUGGGCAGAAGGUACCCAGAGGCCAACGGAUGUCCAGGCAGCUCAUAUCGCAAAUUAUAACCCGUCCCCUGUACCAUUGCUGACGCCCAGCGAUCCGUGUCAGAAGUACUUUCAGCUGACUCAGGUGCUGACACCGUGGCAGUGUUUAUGGCUAGCAGCCGAACCACAGACCUUGCAAAUCGGAACAGCCCAGCCACCCCACCGAACACCCUGAAUCUCCGUUCCUCCCACAAUGAACUGUUAAAUGCUGAAAUCAAGCACUCGGAUGCCAAGAACGGCACACCCCCCAAGUGCAGAAAAAAAUAUGCACUGACUAACAUCCAAGCGGCCAUGGGCCUCUCGGAUCCAGCCGCACAGCCUCUGCUGGGAAACGGCUCCGCCAACAUCAAGCUGGUGAAAAAUGGUGAGAACCAGCUCCGCAAGGCUGCAGAGCAAGGGCAGCAGGACCCCAACAAAAACAUCAGUCCCACGGCGGUCAUCAACUUCACGUCUGAGAAGCUGGAGGCCAAAGAGCUCCAUCCACAGGAGUCCUCAGGCUGUGAGAUUUUGCCCUCUCAGCCCAGGAGAACUAAGAGUUUCCUCAACUACUAUUCAGACUUGGAAACCUCAGCUAGAGAGCUAGGGGAGAGCCUGGGCCCCUGCCAAGGGACCAGGGAGGAGAAAGCCCAGCCAGGCCCAGGCCAGGCUCCGGGAGUCAUUGGCAAUGGUGACUUACUCCUCCAGAAACCAAAUAAACCCCAGUCUAGCCCAGACGAUGGCCAAGCAGCCACAGUGUCAUCCAGCCCAGAGACCAAGAAGGACCACCCUAAAACAGGGGCCAAAACCGACUGUGCACUCCACCGGAUCCAGAACCUGGCCCCAAGCGAUGAGGAAUCCAGCUGGACAACACUAUCCCAAGACAGUGCCUCCCCCAGCUCGCCAGAUGAAACAGCAGAUAUCUGGAGCGAUCACUCGUUUCAGACGGAUCCGGAUUUGCCGCCUGGCUGGAAAAGGAUCAACGACAUUGCUGGGACCUAUUACUGGCACAUCCCAACAGGAGCGACUCAGUGGGAGCAGCCUGUCUCCAUCCCCGUGGACCUCCAGGGCUCUAGGAAAGGGUCCCUCAGCUCUGUGACGCCAUCUCCCACCCCAGAGAGCGAGAAACAGCCAUGGACUGAUUUUGCUGUUCUCAAUGGGGGAAAGAUUAAUAGUGACAUUUGGAAGGAUUUGCACGCAGCCACAGUUAACCCAGACCCCAGCUUAAAAGAAUUUGAAGGAGCCACGCUACGUUACGCAUCCUUGAAACUCAGAAACGCCCCUCAUGCUGAUGACGAUGAUUCUUGUAGUAUCAACAGUGACCCAGAAGCCAAGUGUUUUGCUGUGCGCUCUCUGGGCUGGGUAGAGAUGGCAGAGGAAGACCUCGCCCCCGGGAAGAGCAGUGUUGCUGUCAACAACUGCAUCCGGCAGCUUUCCUACUGUAAAAAUGACAUCCGAGACACAGUCGGCAUUUGGGGAGAGGGCAAAGACAUGUAUCUGAUCCUGGAAAACGACAUGCUCAGCCUGGUGGACCCCAUGGACCGCUCCGUGCUACACUCGCAGCCCAUCGUGAGCAUCCGCGUGUGGGGUGUGGGCCGAGACAAUGGCCGGGACUUUGCCUAUGUAGCCAGAGACAAAGACACGAGGAUUCUGAAAUGUCAUGUGUUUCGAUGUGACACACCAGCAAAAGCCAUCGCCACGAGUCUCCACGAAAUCUGUUCCAAGAUUAUGGCUGAACGGAAGAAUGCCAAAGCACUGGCCUGCAGCUCCUUACAGGAGAGGACCAAUGUCAGUCUUGAUGUCCCUUUGCAAGUAGAUUUUCCAACACCAAAGACGGAGCUGGUACAGAAGUUCCACGUGCAGUACCUGGGCAUGCUACCUGUAGAGAGACCUGUCGGCAUGGACACCCUGAACAGUGCCAUAGAAAGUCUUAUGACCUCAUCCAGCAAGGAGGAUUGGCCUUCAGUGGACAUGAACGUGGCGGAUGCCACUGUGACAGUCAUCGGUGAAAAGAAGGAAGAGGAAGUCCUGGUGGAGUGCCGAGUGCGGUUUCUGUCUUUCAUGGGCGUCGGGAAGGAUGUCCAUACGUUUGCCUUCAUCAUGGACACCGGGAACCAGCGCUUUGAGUGCCACGUGUUCUGGUGUGAGCCUAAUGCCGCCAACGUGUCGGAGGCCGUCCAGGCUGCCUGCAUGCUGCGGUAUCAGAAGUGCUUGGUAGCCAGGCCACCAUCACAGAAGGUUCGACCUCCACCCCCGCCCGCGGACUCAAUGACCAGAAGAGUCACGACCAAUGUAAAACGGGGGGUCCUAUCGCUCAUUGACACUUUGAAACAGAAACGUCCUGUCACAGAAACGCCCUAGCGGCCCAGGGCUCAGGGAUUCUUUCAUUUGUACCUGAGGACCAAGUAGCUACACUAAAGAAGCCAACACCUGGCCUUCCUUGCAGCUGCUGACGCUUCGUCUCCAGAGAACUUACCCUUCACCACACAGUGUUAGACAAGCAUGUGACCUCGUCUUGCCACCACCCAUGUGACAUGAAAAGAAG